UACUCUGCUUCACUCUCGUGGAGAGAGAUAUCCAAAGCAAAGGUCACUGACUCACUGAGUUAGAGCUCGAGUGACUGAGAAGAAGAAACGGGGAAAAAAAUGGGAAGAAAAGCUCUGUUAACGUUGGCGAUCUUCUGCGUAUGGACACUAUCUGCAGCUGCAGCGGAAGAAGAAGGGAACGAUCCAGGGUUGAUGAUGAACUUCUACAAGGACACGUGUCCUCAGGCAGAGGACAUCAUCCGUGAACAAGUCAGGCUCCUCUACAAGCGCCACAAGAACACCGCCUUCUCCUGGCUCAGGAACAUCUUCCACGACUGUGCCGUUCAGUCAUGUGACGCGUCACUUUUGCUGGAUUCGACGAGGAGGGAGCUGUCGGAGAAGGAGACAGACCGGAGCUUCGGUCUGAGAAACUUCCGGUACAUAGAGACCAUCAAGGAAGCUUUGGAGAGGGAAUGCCCCGGCGUUGUUUCCUGCGCUGACAUUCUCGUUCUGUCCGCAAGGGAUGGCAUCGAAGCGGUGGGAGGGCCACACAUUCCGUUGAAGACAGGGAGAAGAGACGGGAGGAAGAGCAGAGCGGAGUUGCUGGAGGAGUACCUCCCCGACCACAACGAGAGCAUAUCCGUCGUCCUCGACAAGUUCAAGGCCAUUGGCGUCGACACUCCUGGCCUCGUCGCCCUCCUCGGGGCUCACAGUGUGGGGAGAACCCACUGUGUGAAGCUGGUUCACAGGCUGUACCCGGAGGUGGACCCGUCACUGAACCCGGACCACGUCCCUCACAUGCUCCACAAGUGUCCGGACUCGAUCCCCGACCCCAAGGCCGUGCAGUACGUCAGAAACGACCGUGGAACGCCCAUGAAACUGGACAACAACUACUACCGGAACAUCCUCGACAACAAGGGGUUGCUCCUCGUGGACCACCAGCUCGCCUACGACAAGCGAACCCGUCCGUACGUGAAGAAAAUGGCCAAGGACGAGGACUACUUCUUCAAGGAGUUCUCGAGGGCCAUUCAGGUCUUGUCCGAGAACAACCCUCUGACUGGUUCCAAGGGUGAGAUCAGGAAGCAGUGCAAUGUUGCUAACAAGCUUCAUUGAGUAGCCUUUUGCUUGUUGUUGUUGUUAAAUAAAAGCUUUAAAAGAAGGGUUUCAUAUAAUUAUAAAAGUGGUCGUGAUGUGAUGAUGGUGAUCAUCAUGGUGACCACAUUGUGUUGAUGAUGACCCUUUUUUUUAUGCAACUAGUGUGAUCUUUUGGAUGGUUUUAAUUUAAUGUGGGUCAGUGGCGGGCAUGAUGAUGAUGAUGUAUGAUAUGAUGGAUGGUGUUUGGCAUGAUAAUGUAUGAUGUUUACGUUUUUAGUUGGUUAUGGAAGAUAGACGCAUUAAUACC